AUGAUAAUUGAUAUUGAAUAUGAUGAAAUGGACGUGUAUUUGUAUGAUGGAAAUGAAUAUGAAAGAGUUGAUAGAAUGAAAUAUUUAAAAGAAGAAGAAAAGAAAAUAAAUGAAGAAAUCAUUUCCAAUGAUGAGAAGAAUGUGAAAAUUAGAAAAGAAAAUAUUAAAGGAGUAGAAAUGAUGAUUAAACCAGAGAGUAAAUUAACAAUGAUAUUCAAUAAUAUUAAGAAAGAAGUAGAAAAGAAAGGAGAAAAUGAAAGAACAAUCAUUUGUAUUCCUAAUGGAACAAGUCAAGGAAAUGAAAGAAGAAUAGAAAAUUCAACAAAACUGGGAAGAUUAAAUAAUGUACAAAUCAUACGGAAAUAUCAUAUAAUUGAAAGAAUACUUUCAGAAGCAUAUAACAUAGAAACACCAAUUCUUAUCAUAGAAAAUACAGAAAUAACAUAUGGAAAUAUUAAAAAAGAAAAAGAUAAGAUAAAAAUAAGCAUAAUAAAUACUAUAGGAAUAAACAAUAGAAUAGAAGAAAAUAAAGAAAUCAAUAGAAUAAUAUCAGAAGAAAAAGAAGAGAAAGGAAUAAUAAUAAAUAAUAAAAUAAAACAAGAAAAAGAAAACAAAAUAAACACAAAAAGAUGGAUAUAUAAAGAAAUCAACGAAGAAACAUAUAUUAAAACAAUAAUAGAAAUGAUAAAAAAAGAAGAAGAAGAUUCAGAAUAUUCCGAAGAAAGAGAAAUGAUAAUAAAUAUCAAAAGAAUAAUAUACAAUAAUAAAAUCAAUAAAGGACUAAUUGGAAAAAGAAGAAUAGGAUAUAAUGAAAUUAUGAUAGUGUCAAUGUAUUUUAAUGAUAUUAAAGAUUUUAUUAAUUUAGAAAUAGGAAUUAAAAGAUUUAGAGGAAAUAUGGAACGAUUUCAUUUUAAUCCAAUUCCAUUAAAUGAAUAUUCAAGAAGAUUCUUUCCUAAUAUUGAAACAUUUCAUAUUUAUAAUAAAUAUGAUGAAGAAUUUGAUGAUGGAAGAAUAGUUAAAACAAUAAUAUGGUAUACAGUAGAUUAUUCAACAUAUUUAAAAGAAAAAGAACAAGGAAAUAUAUGUAAACACAUAGGAUAUAAAAAAAGAGAUAUAGACACACAUGGAACUACAAUACCAUUAGAAGUCCAAACACUUGGAGAUAACUGUUUUUAUGGCUAUGAUUCAUUAAAAUCAGUUAAUAUUCCAACAACAAUUACAUCAUUGGGAAAUUAUUGUUUCAGUGGAUGUGAGUAUUUAACAGUGAUAAACAUUCCAACAUCAGUUAAAGAAAUAGGAAAUAAUUGUUUUUAUGAAUGCAAAUCAUUAACAUCAAUUACUAUUCCAUCAUCAAUUAGUGAAUUAAAAAAAGCUUGUUUUAGUUGGUGUGAGACAUUAAGAACAAUCACUAUACCACCAUCAGUUAUUGAAUUGGGAAUUGGUUGUUUUAAAGGAUGUUCAUCGAUAAUGUCAAUUAAUAUACCAUCACCAGUUAGUAAAAUAGGAAAUGAGUGUUUUUAUAAUUGUAAUUCAUUAACAAAUAUUAUUAUACCUACAUCAGUUAAUAAAUUAGGAGAUAAUUGUUUUGAGCAUUGUAUCUCAUUAAGUAAUAUUACUAUACCAACAUCAAUUGUAGAAAUAGAACGUGGUUGUUUUAGUUGGUGUUUAUCAUUAACAUCAAUUAAUAUACCAUCAUCAGUCAGUAAAAUAGGAGAUGAGUGUUUUAAAGGAUGUUCAUCAUUAACUUACAUAGAUAUUCCAACUUCUAUUACAUCAUUUGGUAAUAAUAUUUUUGGUGGAUGUAUUUCAUUAAGUAGUAUCAAUAAUCAAUUAACAACAAUUUCAUUAACCAAUUAUCAUUUCAAUGAAUAUAAACAGAUAACUAGUAUUACCAUUCCAACAACAAUUAGUAAAUUAGAAGCAAACCACUUUUCAGAAUAUCUUUUGUUAAAAGAAGUUAAAAUUCCAACAACAGUCACGUCAAUAGGAGAUUAUUGUUUUUCUAAAUGUACAUCAUUAGAAACAAUUAAUUUACCAACAACAAUAAGUGAAUUAAGCUAUAAUUGUUUUGAAUUUUGUUCAUCAUUAAAAUCAAUUAACAUACCAUCAUCAAUUACUAAAUUAGGAUAUGAAUGUUUUUAUGAUUGUAUAUCAUUAACUAAUAUUGAUAUUCUAUCAAAUAUUAAAGAAAUUGGAAGUUGGUGUUUUUGUAGAUGUUAUUCAUUAAGUAAUAUUAUUAUACCUUCAUCAAUUAGUAAAUUAGGAAAUGGAUGUUUUUAUAAAUGUUCUUCAUUGGAAUACAUUAAUAUACCAACAACAAUUAAUAAAAUAGGGUAUGAAUGUUUUUACAAUUGUUUAUCAUUAACAUCCAUUAAUAUAGUUAAUAUAAAAUUCAUAAGUAAAGAUAGAAUAUUUAUUAAUGAACCAGUACUAGUUAGUAUUCAAAUACCUGAAAAUUUACAUAAGAUUAAUAAUAAUAAUAAAGUUUAUCAACAACAAGAUAUUAGUGAAUUUAUUAUUCCAUCAACAAUUAAUGAAUUAGAUGAUGAUUGUUUUUAUAAAUGUUCAUCGUUAACAACACUUCAUAUUCCAAGAACAGUUACUAAAAUAGGUGAUGAAUGUUUUAAAGGAUGCUCAUCAUUAAUAUCAAUUAAUAUACCAUCAUCUGUUAGUAAAAUAGGAAAUUACUGUUUUUAUGGAUGUUUAUCAUUAACAUCAAUUAACAUACCAUCAUCUGUUAGUAAAAUAGGAAAAGAAUGUUUUUAUGAAUGUUCAUCAUUAACAUCAAUUACUAUACAUACAUCAGUUAGUAAAAUAGGUGAUGAAUGUUUUUACAAUUGUAUGUCAUUGAUAUCAAUUAAUUUACCAUCAUCAAUUACUAAAUUAGGUAUUGGUUGUUUUUAUAAGUGUUCAUCAUUAACAACAAUUAAUUUAUCAUCAUCAAUUACUAAAUUAGGAAAUUAUUGUUUUUGUCAAUGUACAUCAUUAAAAUCAAUUAAUAUACCAUCAUCAGUUAAUGAAUUUGGAAAUAGUUGUUUUUAUAAAUGUAUAUCAUUACAAUCAAUUAAUAUACCAUCUUCAGUUAGUAAAAUAGAUGAUGGUUGCUUUAGUGAAUGUAUCUCAUUAACUAAUAUCAAUAUACCAACAUCAAUUACAUCAUUUGGGACAUCUUGUUUCUUUAACUGUGGUUGUGAUGAAGAAUUAAAAUAUAAUACGAGAAUUCCAAGAGAAUGUUUUGAGAAAGAAGAUUAG